CUAGCUAGAUAGAGUUUAAAUAAACAUCUUCUCUCCUUAAUGGAAGAGGAUGAUCAGAGAGAGUUACAGCUGCUUCCCUCACAAAACUCUAUAGCUUCUUCUUCUUGUUCAUAUACACACAUGUCGUCUCGGCCGCUGGAUUCAUCUUCGUUGAGGUAUCGAACACCGGCGAAUAAUACUACGGUGUCUGAUCAUCGUCAUCAUCAUCAGCGUCAAUUUGGAGGGCCAUCACUAGACUUGCAAUUAUCAAUCAGUCUUAGCCCAAUCCAGGCUCCAUCUAACUGUGUUUUAACAGGUCCCAUUUGUGAUUUCAGUGACGGGAAAACGGAAACGAGUUGCGUGGAGGCGUUGAAAUGGCAAGCGGCGGAGCAAAUUCGAUUGGCAGCCAUUGAAAAAGCUUAUGCAGAAAGAGUGAGAGAGCUGACAAGGAGAGAGAUGGAGUUGGCACAAUCGGAGUUCGCAAAGGCAAGACAUAUGUGGCAAAGAGCAAGAGAAGAAGUUGAAAAAGCUGAAAGAAUGAAACAAAAAGCGACAAGGCAGAUAGAUUCUACGUGCAUGGAGAUCACUUGCCAAUCUUGCAGGCAAAGGUUUAAGCCUUAAACGAUAAUAAUAAUAAUAAUCAGAAUAUGCUUAAUUAUUAAUUAUCUUUAUAUAAUCAAGAUUGAGAUUUGAAAACCAUUGAAGACAAGCUUAUCGAUGAGGGAGAAUGAGAUUAAUCUAGCUAGAGCCAAGUUGUUGAGUUUUUGAAUAUUUGGGUAUUGGAUUCCUUCUUUAUUUUUCCUUCAUCAAUAACAGAGAAGAGAAGGAGAUAAAGAUGAAAAAGGACACAGCAUAAGUGGGCAUGGAAAAAGCUUGCAAUGCCCAUAUUUUGUUUUUUCAAUUUCCAUCAUUGUUGAUGAUAUGUGUGAUUAUUAAUAAUAAUUAUAACAAGAAUUUAUUUGAAACCAGAAAAA